CUAGAUUUUUUAAAAUCUUAAUAAACAAAUUCCCUAAUAUAUACCCCAAAAAACAAUAUAUACACACAACACACUCAUCGAUUGCACUCGACGCUUUGCUCUCAAUUUGCUUAAAGAUCCCUAAUUUCUCGCUCGUGUGUGAUUGAUUGAGUUUAGAGGGAGUGGAUUGUGUGCAGGUGAAUUUUGUUAGGGUUUUAACGACGAAUGCUAAGUGAAGUAUGCCGGAGUUACGUACCGGAGUGAGGAGGGGAAGGCCACCGAAGCACACAAAGAAAGAGCAGCAGGUACAAACUGAUAUUGAUUUGAAUAGAGUUGGAGAGGGGGAGGGGAUUGCGACUCGGACAAGGAGGAGGAGAGCGGCUGCAGCGGCGGCUGCAGCAGCGGAGCCGGUUGUUAAUGAGAACGUGGCUGUGGCACCGCAGCCUGUGCAGCCCGUGGAACCAGUGGUGGAAGCUCGGGAACCGGUAGGACGGGAGAAACAGGAAGUAGCGGGGAAGGCGAUGGAUGUUUUGAAUGGCGGGAAAAGUGGUGCUAAGGAUAAUGCUGGCGAUGAUGACGGAGUUAAUGCUCCUGUACCUGAUACGGUUCAUGUUGGUGGUUACUCUAGCUACAGAGUACAAAAAAAGCUUGGUAAGGGAGGCUUUGGACAAGUUUAUUUGGGUCAGCGAAUAGUAUCACUAUUUAACAAUGACAAAGCCCCGACCGAUGUAGCCAUAAAAUUUGAGCAUCGGACAAGUAAAGGAUGCCAUAAUGGACCGCCUUCUGAGUGGCAUGUAUACAACACCCUUAGUGGCAGUCAUGGAGUUCCAAGGGUGCACUACAAAGGCAUGCAAAAUGACUAUUAUAUCAUGGUCAUGGAUAAGCUUGGGCCAAGCUUGUGGGAUGCCUGGAAUAGUCACUCACCCGUGAUGUCCACUGAAAUGAUAGCUUGCAUUGCCGUUGAAGCAAUAUCAAUUUUGGAGAAGAUGCACUCGAAAGGGUAUGUGCAUGGUGAUGUCAAACCGGAGAAUUUUUUACUUGGCCCUCCUGGUACUCCGGAAGAGAAGAAACUUUUUUUGGUGGAUCUUGGUUUAGCUACUAGAUGGCGUAAUAGCUCAACUAAUAAACAUGUUGAGUAUGACCAAAGGCCAGACGUUUUCAGGGGAACAGUUCGAUAUGCUAGUGUGCAUGCACAUUUAGGCAGAACUGCUGGUAGAAGAGAUGAUCUAGAAUCUCUUGCUUACACACUUAUCUUUCUGCUCCGUGGUCGCCUUCCUUGGCAAGGAUAUCAGGGCGAGAACAAAGGGUUUCUUGUGUGCAAAAAGAAGAUGGGAACAUCACCCGAAGUUCUCUGUAACUUGAUUCCAGAUCCUUUUAAAUUAUUUGUAGAAUAUGUGGUAAACCUCAAAUUUGACGAGGAACCUGAUUAUGCAAAAUAUAUAUCUCUCUUUGAUGGGAUUAUUGCUCCAAAUCCAGACUUCAGGCCCCUAAACACUGAUGGAGCUCAGAAGCUGAUACAUCAGGUUGGUCAUAAGAGAAGUCGACUGACAUCGGACAACGAGGAAGAUCAACAACCUAAGAAAAAGAUUCGAACGGGGAUGCCUGCAACCCAAUGGAUAAGUGUGUACAAUGCUCGUCAGCCAAUGAAGCAACGGUAUCACUAUAAUGUAGCAGAUAUGAGGCUCGCACAACACAUUGGGAAAGGAAAUGAAGAUGGCCUUUUUAUCAGCAGUGUAGCAUCUUGUCAGAAUCUAUGGGCCCUCAUCAUGGAUGCAGGCACCGGGUUCAGUGAUCAGAUUUAUGAGUUGUCACCGUUCUUUAUUCACAAGGAAUGGAUCCAAGAAAAUUGGGAAAAGAGUUACUAUAUUACCGCAGUGGCUGGGGCAAAUAAUGGGAGUUCGUUAGUGGUCAUGUCAAAAGGUACACAAUAUUCACAGCAGUCCUACAAAGUUAGCGACUCAUUUCCUUUCAAAUGGAUAAGUAAAAAAUGGAGAGAGGGAUUUUACGUUACUUACAUGGCUACCGCUGGGAACAAAUGGGGGAUUAUUAUGUCUCGCGGUGCAGGAUUCUUGGAUCAGGUAGUUGAAGUAGAUUUUCUUUAUCCCAGCGAAGGUGUUCACAAGCGGUGGGAUGCUGGAUAUCGUAUCACUGCUGCUGCAUCAACUUGGGAUCAAACUGCUUUAGUAUUAAGCAUCCCUCGAAGAAAAGCAGCAGAUGAAACACAAGAAACUCUUCGCACAUCUGCUUUUCCUAGCACACAUGUGAAGGAUAAGUGGGCAAAGAAUCUCUAUAUAUCAUCUGUUUGUUAUGGCCGUACAGUUUCCUAGCUCCAACAAUUUACAAGGCUUAGAAGUUCUACUGACAACUACAUAAUUGUAAGAUAGAGCCAGUUUGUUUGUAUCUCAAGCGGGGGAGUUCUCUCGUAGCUAACAUACAGCAACUGGUGUAUAGAGUGAAGUGUUGUGUUAUAGAGGUCCAGCUUGUCGGCCAUGGCAUCUGGAAUUUCUUAUAGAUUGUCGUGGAGGAUACUUAUCUUCCUUUAUACUUGGAUGUAAAGUAUUUAAAGUAUUUUACUGUUCUCUUUUCGUACUCUGUAUAAAAGUUUCGCUUUUAAAGAUAAUACAUUUUGAGGAUCAAUUUUAUGGAUUA